UACGUGCGGGCUGCACACAACAUGGCGCAUAAUCUAAUCGGGCGAUUAUCAAUGGCCGCGCAGUGCCAAACUGGAAACUAGAAAACUCUAUGGCCGUUCAAGUAGAAACCAGUGCUUGUUGGGGAUGUAGUCCGGCUUUGGUCAGUAGGCAAUCGAAGUGCUCCCAAUACGAGUAUGUACGCUCCCAUCAUGGACUGGAACUCAUCUGACUUUGGUAUCCAUGUGGCCAUCUACCUAGCUCUCAUUGUAUUCUUCUUCUGCCUGCUCCCUAUCGCCUGCUAUUAUGUGCGCAUCGAGAGUCGAACGCUGGCAAAGAUCUGCCCACCACGACGACGACGACAGCAGCAGCAGCAACGACACAGGAAUCAGCGAUAUGACAUUGGAAAUGACCGCCAGGGCAAUGCGUUGAACGCUUCGGAGGAGCGGCCGCAUAACCGCUAUGGCGAUAUAUUCUUCAUCGAGCCGAGCAGCGAGGAGUCGGCACGCAUUCGCAGCCAGCUGGAAAAGGACGACAAGGAGCUGCCCAGCUAUGACGAGGUGAUGCGUAUGUGUAACCUGACAACGCCAACGGCGGCCGCUGCGGCGUCACACUCGCCCUCGGCUGUCCCCAGCCCCAUUGGGAUAGCGGCUUUGCCAGCUCCGCCAUAUUCGGAGUCUGAUCCGCAUGCCGAUGCUGCGGCGAUGGCGGUGUCGGUGGCUGCGACACCACUCACAGUCAUCACGAUGGAGCCGGAACCCUCGACAUCGCAUGCCGCGCAGAGCCCAACAACAACAACCACCACCCUCGUCCGCGGUGCCCCUCUGACCCUACCGAACAUGGCAUCCAAUACGGAAGUUUGAUUGGCGACUGCCUGCUGCAUUUUCGGACCGGGCUACUCUGGGCCACACAGAUUUCCAUUUGUGUGUGCUUUUCAUUUCAGAAAUAAGCAUGUGUGAUUUUAUUAGAUAUAUCUUAAGUACAUAUUUAGGCGCUAGUUUAAGUUUGGCUUAUUGUAAAUACAUAUUAAUACAAUCUAGGCUGAAAUACAUUUUUUAAG